AUGUGUGGUAUAUUUGGUUAUGUUAAUUUUUUAGUUGAUAAAUCAAGAGGAGAAAUUAUUGAUAAUUUAAUUGAAGGUUUACAAAGAUUAGAAUAUAGAGGUUAUGAUUCUGCUGGUUUAGCAGUUGAUGGGAAAUUAAUUAAAGAUGGUGAUGAAGAAAUUAUGAAUAAUAUUAUUGUUAAAACUCCUGGUAAAGUUAAAGUUUUAAAACAAAAAGUUAUUGAUGAUAAAAUUAAUAGAACUGAUAUUUUUGAUAAUCAUGCAGGUAUUGCUCAUACAAGAUGGGCAACUCAUGGUCAACCAAAAGAAGAAAAUUGUCAUCCUCAUAGAUCUGAUUCAACAAAAGGUGAAUUUAUUGUUGUUCAUAAUGGUAUUAUAACAAAUUUUUCUGCUUUAAGAAAAUAUCUUUUAUCAAAAGGUCAUAUUUUUGAAAGUGAAACUGAUACUGAAUGUAUUGCAAAAUUAUUUAAACAUUUUUAUGAUUUAAAUUUAAAAGCUGGUGUAUCACCAGAUUUAAAUGAAUUAACAAAACAAGUUUUACAUGAAUUAGAAGGUUCUUAUGGUUUAUUAGUUAAAAGUUAUCAUUAUCCAGGAGAAGUUUGUGGUACAAGAAAAGGUUCACCAUUAUUAGUUGGAGUUAAAACUGAUAAAAAAUUAAAAGUUGAUUUUGUUGAUGUUGAAUUUGAAAAUAAUGCAGCUCAACAACAACAACAACAAGCAAAUGGUCAUUCAUCAUUAUUAAAUAAUCAUAGUACUUCAUUAGAUUCUGGUUUCAUACCAGUUGCACCUGGUGAACAAAAUUUAAGAACUUCACAAUCAAGAGCAUUUUUAUCAGAAGAUGAUUUACCAAUGCCAGUUGAAUUUUUUUUAAGUUCAGAUCCUGCAUCAGUUAUUCAACAUACUAAAAAAGUUUUAUUUUUAGAAGAUGAUGAUAUUGCUCAUAUUUAUGAUGGUGAAUUACAUAUUCAUAGAGCUUCAACAAAAAGUGCAGGAGAAUCAACUGUUAGACCAAUUCAAACUUUAGAAAUGGAAUUAAAUGAAAUUAUGAAAGGUCCUUAUAAACACUUUAUGCAAAAAGAAAUUUUUGAACAACCAGAUUCAACUUUUAAUACAAUGAGAGGUAGAAUUGAUUUUGAAAAUAGUAUUGUUACUUUAGGUGGAUUAAAAGCAUUUUUACCAACUAUAAGAAGAUGUAGAAGAAUUAUAAUGAUUGCAUGUGGUACAUCAUAUCAUUCAUGUUUAGCAACAAGAUCUAUAUUUGAAGAAUUAACUGAAAUUCCAGUAAGUGUUGAAUUAGCAAGUGAUUUCUUAGAUAGAAGAUCACCAGUUUUUAGAGAUGAUACUUGUGUAUUUGUUUCACAAUCUGGAGAAACUGCAGAUUCGAUUUUAGCAUUACAAUAUUGUUUAGAAAGAGGAGCAUUAACUGUAGGUAUUGUUAAUUCAGUUGGUUCAUCAAUGUCAAGACAAACUCAUUGUGGUGUUCAUAUUAAUGCAGGUCCAGAAAUUGGUGUUGCAUCAACAAAAGCUUAUACUUCACAAUAUAUUGCUUUAGUUAUGUUUGCUUUAUCAUUAUCAAAUGAUUCAAUAUCAAAAACUAAAAGACAUGAAGAAAUUAUAAAAGGUUUACAAAAAAUUCCUGAACAAAUUAAAAAAGUAUUAAAUUUAGAAACAAAAAUUAAAAAAUUAUGUAAUGAUGAUUUAAAUGAUCAAAAAUCUUUAUUAUUAUUAGGUAGAGGUUAUCAAUUUGCAACAGCAUUAGAAGGUGCUUUAAAAAUUAAAGAAAUUUCUUAUAUGCAUUCAGAAGGUGUUUUAGCAGGUGAAUUAAAACAUGGUGUUUUAGCAUUAGUUGAUGAUAAAUUACCGAUUAUUGCAUUUGCAACAAGAGAUUCAUUAUUUCCAAAAACUAUGUCAGCAAUUGAACAAGUUACUGCAAGAGAUGGUAGACCAAUUGUUAUAUGUAAUGAAGGUGAUGCUAUAAUAUCAAAUGAUAAAGUUCAUUUAACUUUAGAAGUUCCUCAAACAGUUGAUUGUUUACAAGGUUUAUUGAAUGUUAUACCUGUUCAAUUAAUAAGUUAUUGGUUAGCAGUAAAUAGAGGAAUUGAUGUUGAUUUCCCAAGAAAUUUAGCAAAAUCAGUUACAGUUGAAUAG